AAAGACACCAGGAAGACACCCAUGGAACCAGCGAUUCACCGAACUAGAACCAGCCACAAGGUAAAAUCUUUGGAGAAGGUAUGUGCUGACUUGAUCAGAGGCACAAAGGAAAAGAAUCUCAAAGUCAAAGGACUAGUUCAGAUGCCUACCAAGGCUUUGAGAAUCACUACAAGAAAAACUCCUUGGACCCACAAGCUACUCAUUGAUUUACACAGUCCUUCUGAAAUUGUUAAGCAGAUUACUUCCAUCACUAUUGAGCUAGGAGGUGAGGUUGAAGUCACCAUUGCAGAUGCUUAA